GCUGUGCGCUCUUGCUGAGAGGCUGCAGAGAGAGAAAGGCGCGCGCACGCUCAUCCAAACAAAGAGACCCAUCAACAUCAUCCCUAGUGCAUCAGCAGAACGCAUUCCUCUCCAAGUUCCUGCAAGGCCAAGGCGUCUUCCCGAGCGCGCACCAUGACUGCAAACGGAACCAGCGACAUGCUCAAGAUCCAAUUCGGCUUGAUCAACUGUGGGAACAAAUACCUCACAGCUGAAACGUUUGGCUUCAAGAUCAAUGCAUCAGCAACCAGCAUGAAGAAGAAACAGAUCUGGACCUUGGAGCAGAACGGUGAUGACUCGAACAUGUUCUACCUGAAGAGCCAUCUAGGAAGGUACAUCGCCGCUGACAAAGACGGGAACGUCACGGGUGACAGCGAGACACCAACCGAGGAUUGCUGUUUCGCAAUCACUGCCGAUGAUGAUGGGCGCUGGUCUCUGCAAUCUGAGCCUCACAAACGCUACCUCGGUGGCACCGAAGACCGAAUCACAUGCUUCGCCCAGACCGUCUCCAUCGCAGAGAAAUGGAGCGUGCACAUCGCCAUGCACCCCCAGGUGAACAUCUUCAGCGUCACCAGGAAAAGAUACGCACACCUGAGCCCAGAGCAGAACGAGAUCGCCAUUGACGGGGAUGUCCCAUGGGGCGUUGAUUCUCUCAUCACCUUGGUCUUCCAAGACCAGAGGUACCACCUACAGACCUCCGACAACCGCUUCCUGAAGAAUGAUGGAAGCCUCUCCCAAAAGCCUGACAAGACCACUGGAUAUACUCUGGAAUUCAGGUCUGGAAAGGUCGUGUUCAGAGACUGCACUGGGAAGUACCUGGCUCCCUCUGGUCCCAGUGGAACCAUGAAGUAUGGCAAGAGCUCCAAGGUGGGGAAGGAUGAGCUUUUUGUUCUGGAGCAGAGCCACCCUCAAGUGGUGCUCACCGCUGGCAACGACAAGAAUGUGUCCACCAGGCAAGGCAUGGACCUCUCUGCCAACCAAGAUGAAGAGAGCGACCAGGAGACUUUCCAGAUGGAAAUCAGUAAGGACACAAAGAAGUGUGCCUUCAGGACCUGCACUGGGAAAUACUGGACUCUCACAGCUAAUGGUGGCCUCCAGUGCACUGCAUCUACCAAAUCUGCUAACUGCUACUUUGACAUUGAAUGGCGUGGGAAGAAGAUUACUCUACGUGCCAGCAAUGGGAAAUAUGUGGCCGCCAAAAAGAAUGGACAGCUCGCUGCCACCAUUGACUUGGCAGGUGAGACAGAGGAGUUCCUGAUGAAACUCAUCAACAGGCCUCUCAUUGUGCUGAGAGGAGAACAUGGAUUCAUUGGCUGCAGGAAGGUGACUGGCACUCUGGACUCCAACCGCUCCUCAUAUGAUGUCUUUGGGCUGGAGUUUCGAGAUGGAGCCUACAGCCUUCAAGACUCCACAGGGAAAUACUGGAUGGUGGAUGGUGAAUCGAUUGUGCUCAGCAGUAGCGACACCCCUGUGGACUUUUUCCUCGAAUUCUGCGACUACAACAAAGUGGCUAUCAAGUCGAGUGAAGGGAAGUAUCUAAAGGGAGAUCACGCAGGUGUUCUGAAGGCAAACGCAGACGAGCUGGACAGCUCCACUGUGUGGGAGUACUAAAAGCACUUGAGUAACCACUGUUGCUUUUUUCUUUGCAAUUUCCUUUUCCUUUCUGUUAUGUUUUUGAGUUUUGAAUAAGAGUGAGCACAUGGCAGAGAGGAACUCAAUGGUGGAGGGUUUUUACUUCUAGUCACAUAUACUCCAUUCUGUCUAAUUAAUUUUGUGUUUGGGUUCCAUGACUUGACUGCAGUGUGUGCAAUUUUCAUUGCUGAUGAUGAGUGGCCAAAACUGGGACUUCUGGGACUUAACUGGCAUCCAAAUUUGUGUAGUGUGGUUAAAGUAUGUCUCAUGCCAUCUCCUAAUCUGUCAAAGUAUUUGCCUGGCAUUCAAAUGAGUCCAUUCUCAAAGAAUGACCCGCCAUCUGCUUGACACCACACAUAGAGCCACAGGAUUGUUGUCAAAGUAGGAGUUUGAUGUACCGGAUUGUACCGUGAUAAUCCUCCCUUUUCUCUGCACAGUCCUGUUAAUAUUAACACAUAGCAAAAUAUGUCAAAGAAAACCUUGUGUCUGUUUGCUAUUAAUGAUGUAAUGCCUCCCCCUGCUCACUUAUUGCCAGUCAUAAAUGUCCAAUGGCAAUAUUUGCAGGUAAAUAUAUGAAUGUUGAUAUUUUUUGAAUUAUGAAGGAUGCUCUGGGACCACUGAAACGGUCACAAGAGCUACACUGUUUUUCUGUUUUUGUAUUUGAAGUAUGGCAGUGCUCUGAUGUGUAACACAGUAUGUAAUGCCUCCAUUUGUGCCAUUAGAAUUAAUUUUAAUGCUCGUAAAGAGGGGGAGCAACAAGAACUGGAUUGGUACAGUACAGUCCUUCAUUUCAAAAUUAGGGUUACAACUCAUGGAAUUGUAAAUGGGGGGGAAAAAUAGAUAUUAAAAUGGAAAUGGUUUUCUGCAACUGAAAGUUGUCAUCGUUAUAUUGUGUGCCGUGUAGCCAGGUGUAAAGAUACCGAGAAUGAGGUAUGUUGUUGCAGGUUCAACACAAUAUUUAUGGUAAAUUUAACCACUUUUCCUUUUGAUCCUGAAGGAAUGAGGGGUCCUUGUUGACUGGACCCAUGUAAUGGUCUAAGCUGGAAAAUGGUAAAAGUUUUCACUGGAAAUAUUACUGCAUUUUUUUGUUUGUUUGAUUAGGCACAGACAUUAUCAUCAAACUUGUUUCAUUCUACACAUCACUGUGCAUUAGCCAAUAGUAAUAACUGAAUAUAAAUGAAAAGCCAAAAUUAAAACAAUUUCACAACUUUAUUGUAUUUCCUGAAUUAAUCAUUUAACAUAACUGGACAGGAAGCCAUAAGUUUGGCUUGCCAAAAUGUGACUGCUCUGUAUGUUUUGAGAAAUCAUGCAUUGGUUGACUGAUUAAGCUUUAAACCUUAAACUAGUGCUUUAUUUGAUUUCAGGUGUGCAUCAAACUAACAGUGCCACUUCGAACAUGUCUGUUCUUUAUGAAUGGUGCAUCCUGCAGUCUGAAUAUCAUCUGUCAUUUUAUUCACACUCUACUUUCUAUGGUAAUGUUAAUGACUGUGCAUAAUUAGAGGGCUAUUAUAAGAAAAAAAAUGACAUUCCACAUCAAUAAUUUGUAAAACUUUUAAAAUGCUUUUUUUUUUUUUUUUGUAUAUAUGUUGUUUUGAUAUUAUGGUUCUUUUUCCUCAUGUGCCAUGGGUACAAAUGAAAUCUGAAAAUAAAUACAGU